AACUCGCAGGGGAAGGGCAGCGCUCCCGCUCACCUUGAAACAGCAGCAUGGCUGAUAAGUUUCUGGAGAGCAAAAUCCAGGACGGCAAGGUAACCCUGUUCGUAAGGGCAGGCUGCCCUUACAGCAGGAAUGCCAUGGAGAUGCUCAAGCAAUACAUUGCGCCCGGGUGCCUGCAAGUGUUUGACAUUAACGAAUCCAGGGACGCUCAGGAUUACUUCCAAGCAACAGGGCAGAGCCCGGUGCCUCGCGUGUUCAUCGGGAGACACUGCAUCGGAGGAUUGUCCGACCUGGAGAACGCGCGCUGCAGGCUCCCUGCAAUGCUGCAGCGCAUUGGUGCCCUGCGGUAGCCGAAGGGAGAAAGAUGACCAGCAGCUGCGACCUCCUCAUGUCGACGUACGCGCUUCCAGGAGCAAAUUGCGGCGACUUCCUUCGGCGGGGUCAGAUGCACCCGUUUGGCAAAUGC